CUCCCGGUCCAGGCGCCCUCCUCGCCCUGAGGCCUGAAGCUUUCCCCUCCCGGAAGUUUCGCACGGCUGUCUUCCUCCUCGUCCCACUCGCCGCUGCCGCUGCCGCCGCCGCUGCCGCCGCCGCCGCCCCCUUCUACAACCAUCCAGAGGCGAGCCGGAGAAGCGCGAGGUCGGUGGGGGCAUGGCGACGCAGACGGGGGUCGCGGCCUCCAAGGUCCUCAUCCUCGUCGGCGCAGGGAUGACGGGCUCUAUCCUGCUGCGGAAUGGACGCUUGUCUGAUGUGUUGGGGGAACUCCAGGAGAUUAUGAAGGGUGUAAAUCAAGGAGCUGCUUCGGCCCCCUAUGACAUUGCCCUUAUUCAAGCUCAGAUUCGGAAUUUAGCCCAAGAAGUCCGGGAUUUGACAUUAUCAAGACCCAUUACCAUACUGAAUGGAAAAUCUGACUCAGGAGGCGGUUUAUCAUCCUACAUACUUCCAGCAGCUGCAGUUGGAGCAAUGGGUUAUUGCUAUAUGUGGUGGAAAGGAUUGUCUCUCUCAGAUGUCAUGUUUGUCACAAAACGCAACAUGGCUAAUGCUGUUCAGAGCAUGUCAAAGCAGUUGGAGCAAGUUUCAUCAGCACUAGCUGCAACAAAAAGACAUCUAACUCAACGGCUUGAGAAUUUGGAUGGAAAAAUGGAUGAACAAGUAGAGGUCUCCAAAACUAUUAGGAAUGAGGUCAAUGAUGUUAAAGAUGACCUGUCUCAAAUUGGAUUUGACAUUGAAGCGAUUCAACAAAUGGUUGCUGGAUUGGAAGGAAAGAUUGAGUUACUAGAGAACAAACAGGAUGUGGCUAAUACUGGUAUAUGGUACCUCUGCCAAGUAGCAGGUGGUAUAAAAGAUGGAAUAAAUGCCAAGUUUUUUCAGGAAGCCACUGAAAAGCUCAAGCUUUCACAUCCAACCCAACCUGAAACCAAGCCUGUGAAGGGGCUUGAAUUGUUUUCGGAGAGCGCUAACGAACCCAAAGUAGCUGACUCCAAGCCAAUCAUGUUCUCGAGCGACGCGGAGAAUGAAAAGCCCACAAAACCCGCUGCUGUGAAGGGCGCUGCAGUGCACAGGUCCAUCAGGUUCUCAUUUCGGAAGGAAGGCCUUGCUUUGUGAUCAAAUCCUCUCCGCUUAAGGUGUACAUUGCCUUCCCGAUCGCUUUGUCUGAUAGUCAGAAGACAUAGAAGAAUAACCUGCAUCUGGAGUGUCUGAAUUUUUCCAGAGUAGACAGGUGUGAGGUAUUUGGUCUGAUUUGAGAAUACCUCCGAUUCCACUCCAUCAUUUUUCCUUGGAUUUGAUUCAUUUAUGGUUUGAUUUGAUGCUUUGUGUGAUUUUGUAUACGAGGGAUGGUAAAGAAAAGAAUAAAUAAAGCACAGCCUUUUGGGAGGUCAAGUUUUGGAGGAA